AUGGACGCAACAUCCCCCCUUCAGCAGCUCCCGGGCGAAAUUCGCCAGCAGAUAUACAUCGCGUACUUCUCGACCCCUGACAACACCUACGUCUUUGAUUUUCCCUCCAAAAAGCUCCGCAAAUCCGACAACAGUCCAAUUGACGUCUCCCUGGUUGCUACCUGCAGAGCGAUUGCGAAAGAGACCAGGGGGAUGACGUUUCAUCUCAAUACUAUCAAGUUCAACACCACUUACUCCGACGAGCUCAGGAUACUAGCUGGGUGCUUUCACAUGUUGAUUGACCGACGCCGUACGAUGCUGAGAUCCGCCUUCACCGAUCGCGCGGCUUCCAUGGACCCCGCGAAGUUAGGAGAGGUUAUUAACCGACACCCGAUUCUCGUACCAACCAUUGAAGAGCUAAAAACAAGAGGGCUCGAUGGCCAUAGUGGGCACUGGACUGAUGUUCCAUCUCGAGGCUACUUUGCCAGUCUCGACGCUCUACGCGCCCAUCUGGCCUCUCUGCCCCAUGAUGAACCGUCACCGCAAGCUGGCAAGAAACCUCAUCGCUAUGAUAGACAACGCGUCGAGAAGCUCAUUGGCUUUGAAAUAAAUCCUUGGGAUAUCCCGCUUGAGUAUGAAUUGGACGACGACAUCCUCGAAGGCGCAGCGUGGGUAGAGCUCCCGACCCACCCCGGCAAGAGAUACUAUCACUACGAGGUAUGCCGUAACAUUGACAAUGGGAAAUAUCGCUUUUCUGCCGCAGCUACUGCUAUCUAUUUCCUUCGCCGCAUUAUGCCGGAGACCCGCUGCUUGGUUCGAAAUAUCAUGAUAGAUGAAGACUAUCGAUCAGUAGCGUUUCCUGAGUGCCAUGCUCUCGGGUUAAUCCCAUUCUGCCAGGAAAACCCAUUCCUACGCAUCAUACGACGUGGCAGUCUGUGGGGCAACAUAUUUCUCUCGCAAAUUGAUGAACCUCACUGGCAACGGCACAUUCAGAUGCUAUUCAGCUGUCAUCUUGAUAACCCACCCGCGGCUGAUGAGUUGCCGCUCGGGGCCAUCAUACAAGUAGUAGCAGCUUGGAUGUCAGAGGCCGGUAUUCUCACCUCCAUGGGAAUGCCAGUCGGCCAGUUUACCUUUUUCAUGGAUGGCGAUCCAUUUCCUGAGGAAGCGUCCGAAAUAUUCACGAGAGAGCUUCAAGAAUCCGCUCUCUUACAGGAAACUGUGUGCAGGGCUCCAAGGUUCGGUCGCUGGUGCUCCUACGUACAGAGAAUCAUGGAUCAUUUUCUUUUUGACGAUUUCCCACGGCUGCUGGCGGAUUUAUCAAGUAAUCGGGAAUCCGGUAUAAUACAAUGCAAUUUUGACCCUGGAACCUCCGUUGGAUCACCGGAUGAGAUAUUAUCAACGCAUACGGACUGGGAUUGGCUGGAGUGGGACUACCAGUUGUCUUUUCACUUUGAGGACAGGGAGGACACAUUGCUACCAGGGUUUGAUCAGAUGGCCUUGCACAACAAUAUGAUUGAAAGCUAUUGUCAGAAGCAUCCGAAUGGGCCUCACUGGGACACCAGUGGUGAGUCUCCUGACUGGGAUGACGAUGGGAGGAGGAAUAUACCCGGGGAUGCCGGCCAUCCAGAAGAGGCCGAUGAUACUGAAGAGGCCGACGCUCAUGAAGCAGAUGUUUAG